CGUCCUUGUACCUUGACCUAAGUCAGUACACCAGCAUUGCUCAUUAGGACUUAAAGGCGUACUUCAGCUUGCAGCGGAAGAAGGUAUGUCAUCGAGGAACUGUAUCUUCAGAAAUUUGAACCGGUGUGACAGAAAUUGUACUUAAUAUUCUGUGGGGAUACGGAUAAGCCAUGAAGAGGUACUGCCCUGCUACCUUUUCUUUGUAAAUGCGAGCAGUGGUGAACUAUACUUGUCAGAGAAGAGUUUUGAGUUGUGGAACACUCAGCUGUGCAGCAAGGAGUCGGUACCCAAGGCGGAGUUACGUUUCUUGUGCCUCAUACUCAUUUCUAGUGAUUGAAAGAAAAUCCUGUACCUCCAGAUUCUUUAACACUUCUAAAGAUGCCAUUUAAUCUAGAUACCAUGGGAGAAAAAGGACAUUUUAAAUACUGUCCAAAUGAAUGGAGAGAGUGGAAGAAACCUGGAGCUGUCUGUACUGUUAAUUCUUCCUGGCCUCAAGAGGUGUCCGCUGGGGUCCCCCUCAGGCAAGUUCUCUGCCUGUUCUUGGCUUACGGAAAGAUGCAGAAUAAAGAACUGGACAGAACACGUCAAUCGUAUCGAUCACAAACUUACAUUUUCUAUUUUCGAGCAAUGUGAUAUUUCUUAUAUACCGUAAAGAGUGCAACUAUGAAGGGCUUAAAUGAUGUAAAUCAGGUGGUUAAUGAUGCCACUGUGUCAUUAGUGGAAGAAAAUUUGCUGUAGACGUCAUUCUUGGGAGCACACAGUCUCUUUUGUGACUGCAUAUGCUUGUAUAGGCAAAGCAUUUUAAUAUUUUUUUAUAUUUAAACUUGUAUAGAAUGGUGCACAGAGAAAACACUUGAUUUUUGUUGGUACCUUUUCCUUAACUGUCCCUGUGCUUCACGUCUACCCUGCAUCUCACAGCAAAGGGACAGAGCAAAGCCUAUAGAAGUUUCUUUAAAAUACCUGACUAUUUGGUAAAAUGGAGUCCUUUUUCUUGAAGAAACAGUUUGGAAAGGGGAAAGUUGUUGUACCCCAUUGGGUGAUACUGUUUGGGUCUGGUUAAGGGCAUGCAUGGGUUUGGGUGGGGAGGCGUGUUUUGUGUAUUUUUGUUUCUUUUUUUAAUCAUGGACGCCUUUGCAACCUUGCAUGAAAUGAUCGGAGGAGGGAAGAAUAGGGGCGGGCGAAGGUCGUUACGCUUGUUAAUUGUCUGGAUAAUGAGCUAAAUGUACGGGCCUCGGUAUUUGUGCUCAAUAAAACCCGCCUGGGUGGCAGAGCCAGUGCUGGGUGCUUUGGGCUGUGCGGGGAGCGCGGCGGGGACUGUCCCCCCGCGGCCGCCGUAGCGCGGGGCCGGGCCGGGCGGUGGCUCCGCCCCCCUCCCCUCAGCCAUGGCGGCCCCGGAGCCGCCGCCGCCGCCGCCUCCGGGCGAUGGCUCCAAGCCGCUGAGCGGGCUCCUCAGCGGCAUCGCCCAGGCCGCCUACCACGGCAAGGCCGGCAUCACGGAGGAGCUGCUGCGGGGGCAGCUCUACCCCGAGGCGGCGCCGGAGGAAUUCCGCGCCCUGCGAGCCAAGAUGGGCGGCCUGCUGCAGUCAAUUGCUUCAGCGGACAUGGAUUUGAAUCAGCUGGAGGCUUUUCUCACCGCCCAAACCAAAAAACAAGGUGGCAUCACAGCUGAUCAAGCUGCAGUCAUUGCAAAAUUCUGGAAGAACCACCGAACAAAGAUCCAUGAGAGCCUGAUCAACCAAAGCCGUUGGGAUAAUGUCCUGAAAAACAUGAACUGGCGAGUGGAUCUGAAGUCACAGUCAAGACACAUCGAUCAGAUAAACACUCCUGUUGCAAUAGUUGAAAUGGAAUUGGGAAAAAAUGGGCAGGAAUCGGAGUUUCUCUGUCUGGAAUUCGAUGAGGCCAAGGUGAGCCAGAUGCUGAAGAAACUCUCGGAAAUAGAGGAGAGCAUGACUUUGCUGACUCAGACCACUUAACCAAAUAAAGAGAUUGCAACUCAGAGAA